CAUCGUCAAGGCGAUCACGACUUCCACGACGGCGAUCUUGCUGGUCGUCCUGUAACAGAGGAUGACAAUCCCCAGCAACAGGACACCUGCAAAGACUCCGGCAAUUAUUCCUGCAGUGGACCCAAUGUUCAUGCUGCCUGGGGAGAAAGAUCAACAGACAACGGGUUUUUAAACGUCCAGAGCUAAGAUUAGCAGGCUCAGGGCUGGGAUUUGGGUUAAAUAUUCAAAAUGGCGGACGGAGGAGCAGCGAGUCAAGAUGAGAGUUCAGGACCAGAUGCUAAAGUGAAUAUUCAGUCAGAAACUACUAAAUGUGCAAUGGAAAGUGGUGACGGGAACACCGGAAUCCAAAUCAAUGGGUUUGACUUUCAGAGGCAGACGGUGCCAACCACAAGUACAAUCACCAAUGCACAUGCACAAGCCCUCCUCCAACAGUCUAAGUCGGAAGACUCGAGUGCUCUUCCGACCUCCGUCCAGCAGAGCGUAUUGCCUCAAACCCAGCUAAUGUUGGCCGGGGGACAGAUUGCAGGAUUGACCCUGACCCCAGCGCAGCAGCAGAUGUUGAUCCAGCAGGCACAAGCUCAACUCCUGGCUGCAGCCGUGCAGCAUUCAGCUAACCAGCAGAACAACACCACUGGGGCCAGCAUCUCGGCCUCCGCAGCCACACCCAUUACCCAGCUGCCCCUGUCACAGCCCAUCCAGAUCGCUUCUCUACAGCAGCAGAAUUUAAGUCUGCCUCAGUUUGUUCUGGUGCAGCCUGGCCACCCGAUCGCCACACAACUGCAGCAACUGCAGCCCGCUCAGUUCAUCAUCUCACAGACACCGCAUGGCCAACAGGGCAUAUUGCAAGCCCAGAGUCUUCUAACUCAACUACCUCAAAGCCAAGCUAACCUCCUGCCGACUCAACCAUGCAUCACCCUUGCAACUCAGCCUGCCACUCCAACCCGCACAACAGCAGCCACACCUAUUCAGUCCCUGCCCCACAGUCAGACCCCACCCAAACGGUUGGAUACCCCCACUCUGGAGGAGCCUAGCGAUCUGGAGGAACUGGAACAAUUUGCCAAGACCUUCAAACAGAGGCGUAUCAAACUGGGCUUCACGCAGGGCGAUGUUGGCCUGGCCAUGGGGAAGUUGUAUGGAAACGACUUCAGCCAAACUACCAUCUCUCGCUUUGAGGCCUUGAAUCUGAGCUUUAAGAACAUGUGCAAACUCAAGCCAUUGCUGGAGAAGUGGCUCAACGAUGCAGUUUGUGCAGAGAAUCUGACAUCUGACCAGGCCCUGUCCAGCCCCAGUGCCCUGUGCUCCCCAGGCAUGGGCAUUGAGGGGAUCAACCGCAGACGGAAGAAGAGGACCAGUAUUGAGACCAACAUCCGAGUGGCCUUAGAAAAAAGCUUUCUGGAGCAGAACCAAAAACCUACCUCUGAAGAGAUCACCAUGAUCGCUGACCAGCUCAACAUGGAGAAGGAGGUGAUUCGGGUCUGGUUCUGCAAUCGCCGACAGAAAGAGAAGAGGAUUAACCCCCCCAGCAGCUGCAACAGUGGAGGAGGCGGCACCCCCAUCAAAACCAUCUUUACCCCCAGUAGCCCUUUGGUGGCCAGCACAGCAAGCCUUGUGAGCAGUCCAACUAUUAACACACCCACCACUCUGACUGUAAACCCAGUGAUGCCUCUCACCAGCACCAGUGUCUCCGGUUUGUCUUUCACAGGCACGACAGUUGGAGGCACAAACACUGCAUCCGUCAUAUCCACUGCACCUAUGAUUACUACGGCCAGCUCUCCAUCUUUGAGCCCGUCGCCAACAACUAUUCACUCUUUGACAGAAAGCAGGGCGCAAACCAUCGUCACCCAGGCACCGACAUCCAUCGCCACCACUUUAGGGACGGGUCAGCUGAUGGUGACGGCGUCAGGGCUGUCUGCGGCGCUGCAGGGGGCCCAGUUACCCAGCGGCUUUGCUGCUAUGGCGGCUGCUGCUGCUGGGCUCAACCCAGGACUGAUGUCCUCCCAGUUUGCUCAGGGGGGGGCCCUGCUCAGUCUGACCUCUGGUGGCCUUGGUGGUCCUGCCUUCAUGAGCAACAACACCUUGGCUACCAUCCAAGGUGUGUAUCAAUCUCUGGCAUCGGGUGGCACGAUCCCCAUCACUUCUCUGGAUGGCGGCAACCUGCUGUUCGCCAACACUUCUGCUGGUAACACGCCCAACCUGGUGACCACGCCGCUCUUCCUGAACCCCCAGAACCUGUCGCUGCUCACCAGUAACCCCGUCAGCCUGGUGUCGGCCGGGGCGGGGGGGCUGCAGGUCACUGCUGAUGCUCAUCAUCAAACAACCAAGGCUGCUGUGCCUGUGCAAGCCUCGACCAUUACCACUGCCUCCAAGGCUCAGUGAAGCCAGUCAGGCUGCAUCCUGAAUUAACGCCCUAUUUCUUAUGUCGUGCACUACUCCUUUCACACCAUGUAGGGAAUAGGGAGGUCGUUUGAUAUAGGCUCUGCGCUUCACUAACCACCCCACAUUCUUUCUAUUGUAUCUAUUAUUAUUUAAUCCUUUUGCUGCCACCAAAAAGAAAACGACCUCAAAUGAGGUUGAGGUUGUCUUUUAAUUUUUUAGUGUUUUUUUUUCCUUUAUGAUUCUUGGAUGUUUAUUUUCCCACGAACAGUAGCCCGAUGGACACUGCUGUUGGCCUGCCGCUCCUCGUGAACCUUGAAAAGUGUCCAGGAAGAAAAAUAUCCUUGGCACCAUCAAGAUAUUCA